AUGAAGGAAAACCUGGAAACCAUCGUACAGGAAGAAAAUGAAUAUAAGGAAGAAUGUGUUUUUACCUCAAUUGAUAUCUUUAGUGGACCCCACAACUAUUUAAAUUUUCACUACAUUUGUGAAAUAUGUUUUAACGACAUUAGUUUUAUUUCCCCAUACCACUGUUAUUUUUUCUUGCGAAAUCAGUUUGAAAAUGUUGAGAAGGCUGGAGAGAAUUAUAAAGAAAAUAUGGGCGCGCAGUUCGAGAAGGAGGUCUACUGGAGGGUAAUAAACGAAAACAGGGCCACAGAACUUUUUCAGAGCACAACGGCUAUUUAUUAUGAGCAGGGGGAAUUACCAGAGUGCAGACGGAAGGCGCUGGAGAAUAUCUCCCAGGUGAUUAACAAGAUGGGUGUCUCGGACUUGGAGGCCAUUUCACCCUACCUCGGCGAGAACCCCAAUUGGAAGCGAAACAAAUUGGCCUGGAUGGACAUGAUCCAAAGGGACAAAUUCCGGAGGUAUGAAAAAAUGAGAGAAAAUUUAAAAGAGACAGGAAAGCGAGAAAUUGUAUACAAGGUGAACAAGGAAGAUGUAGAAAAAGUGAAAAAUAAAAAAAUGAUAAAAGAUUUCUUCUUCUUUGGAGUUUGUGAAAAAAAGGGACAAAACAAUUUAGGCCGAAUCUACAUGAGCAUAAGAAACGACCUCGCCAAAAACACGGAGAUCUACGCUUGGCUCUUAACAAACUGUAACAUGCAAACAGAUCCGAGUCUUGUAGCAGACAUUUCCAUAGAGGAAAAAUAUUUGGAAAGGAAAGUAAUACAAGAGGAGGAUGACUAUGUAUAUAAUGAUGCGCUAUUGAAGGAGACUAAAAAGAGUCUUGGCGGAAAUGGUAACUUUUCCUCCAGCGGAAACAUAACAGUGGAAGAGAAAACACAAAAUUAUUUAUUCGAAAAAAAGGAAUAUAUAUCUUUUGGAAAAAAUGAACAGAAUGAUAUUAUCUGUCUAAAUCCGUCCAUCUCAAGAUUCCACUGCGUGUUGUUCUUUUCGAAGGACUACCAUCUCUAUCUUGUAGAUGUGGGAUCCAAGUCAAGGACCAGGUUGAAUAGUAACUUGUGUGAAAUUCAUAACAAGUACAAAAUUGCUAAUAACGAUAUUAUCACUUUAGGGGUGUCUAAGAGAACGUAUAAAAUUAGCAUAAACAUAGACAGCGUUUUGUCUUACCUGGAUAAAAAACAAAGUGAGGUUAAUCGUAAAAUGAGAAUUAUGAGUGAAGAUUUGGAAAACCCACUUGGGGAAAAAAACCUACUGAAAUUAAAAAUCUCCAAUAUUUUUUAUAAAUGUAACGAAAACGAUAUAAUAGACUUUUUCAAAGAUUGUGGGGAAAUUAAAAAGAUACACUUGUAUGAUGUUCCUGAGAAUAAAACGUCGGAACGGAACAAGGUGAAAACCGAUGGAAAAAAAAACAGAUCCUUGAAGGAAGCACUUGUUGAAGUUUACGACAAAGAAACUUCUGCUAAAAUUAUGAAAAAAAAUGAAUCCUUUUUGUACGGACGAAAAAUUUAUAUUAUCUAUCAACCACUGUCGUCUACAUAUAAGCAGCGCCAUGCAAAGGUGCACCCCAGAAGAGAGCGAAAUGUUGAUGUACAAAUUACGCACAAAAGGGGAAUCUACCGGGGGGAGAAAAGUACCCUCGAGGGAGACCGUUUUGGCCGCUUCAGUCGCAGGGACGACAAGAGGAAAAACUUUGGUGCGGAGCGAGGUUCGCCCCAAAGGAGGCGCAGUGACAGAAGUAGUAGUAGUAGUAGUAGCGGGGGUCGUCAUAGAGGUGGACGGCGUGAUGUGCACGAGAGAAGAAGCCCCAGGCGUGUCAGAAGUAGGCGCAGGAAACGAAGCGAAAGUUGUGGCAGUAGUGGUAGUAGUAGUAGCAGCGGCGUUCGGAAAAGUAAACGUAGUAGUAGUAGUAGCGGAGGCAGUGCUGGAAGUAGCAGCAGCCGUGGCGGGCGAAGCGGGCCCUUGCGAAGCUCUCCGAAACGCAAAAGGCGGAGUGAGGGACCAGAAAUUGAAGAUAGAAGGGGCGUCCAAAAGAGGAGAUACACAUAUCGUAGCAGCUCCAGAAGUGAUAGCGGCAGUGACAAGAGUAGCGAUAGAAGUAGCAGCAAGAGUAGUGGAAAGGGUAAUGAUAGAAGUAGCAGCAGGAGUAGUGGAAAGGGUAGUGAUAGAAGUAGCAGCAGGAGUAGUGGAAAGAGUAGCGAUAGGAAUAGCAGCAGGAGUAGUGGAAAGAGUAGCAGCAAGAGUAGUUACAACAGUAGCGACCGUAAAAGGCGCUUAAGCAAAAAAAGGCACAAAAUGUGA